AUGGAUCCCCCCGAUCCCUUACCGUUGCGCAUAACGCGGAGCGCCUCCUCUUCCUCGUCCCUCCACUUCAAGCCUCGCGAUCGGAAACUACACCUGCUGGUCGCCGCCAACGGCCCUCGCGACAUAUCAUGGGCCCAGACCCUCGUCGUCCGCCUCUCCAAAAGCUCCGCUAUUGAGAUGCGCGCCAUCGUUGAUGACGCAGUCCCCCGCCUCAGCCAGACCGUCAUCACCAUGCAGAAUCGCUCCAUGACCCUUCCACUCGGCCCCUCGCGUGCAGGCUCCGAGGCCGACGUCGACGAUGUCGAAUUCUACCGCCAGCAGGCCUUUGAGCUGGUUGAGUGGGCCGACCUGCUCGUCCUCGCCCCCAUCGACGCCGAUAACAUGGCCAAGAUGAUGGUCGGCAUCGCCGACACCUUCCUCCUCGAGGUUCUGAGAGGCUGGGACACGGCCAAGAAGAUACUGCUUGUUCCCGGCAUGAGCACCCAUAUGUGGGAGAACCCCACCACCAAGAGACAGCUCAACAAGAUCAACAGCAAGUGGCCGUGGAUUCGCGCCAUGUCGCCCAUCCUGUGGCACUACGACGGCUCCCACAAGAACCCGAAGCGAAUCGUCAACUGGAACGGCUUCAACGACGUGCUUGGUAUCAUCAAAAACCAGGCCGACCUGCUCGGGCUAGGCCGCGACGUCGACGUCGUCACGCACCUCGGUUACCUCGCCUCGGGCGACCCGCGAGUCUACUCGAACCUGCCGCCCGAGAUCUGGACCAUCAUUCUCGACUACGCCGGCGACUGGGAACUCGCCCAGGCCUUGGGCAUCUUCACCAACCUGCCCAUGCCGCAUCCUUGGAAGCUGCAGCCCAGGGACCCCAACAACCCGCUCAAGGUCUACGAGCACGAGCUCGAAUGGCUUGUUCUCACCUGCGACUCGACUUCCAUCUGCAAAAAGCUCCUCCAGUCCCCACCAACCUUCCACGAACUCCCAGCCCUCGUCAUCAAACUUCUCAUCCGCUUCUCGCUCAUUGAAGUGCUCACCUGGAUGGAAGCCAACCGACCCGACCUCUUUCAGGCCUUUGACGGCAAAGUCCUCCCGACCAAAGCAUCCGCCUACUUCGGCCGCCCCGAUGUCCUCGACUACUGGAAGGAGAGUCGGUACUUCCGCGGCCGCCAUCAACAGUGCUACGAUGCCGAAUCCCUCGACGGCGCAUCCAAGAACGGCUACGUCCAGGUUCUCGACUGGUGGUGGCGCCGUUCCGGUCUGCCGCUCCGCUUCACCGAAGCAGCGCUUGAGCAGGCCAGCGGCAAGGGCCACCUCCUCGUGCUCGAGUGGUGGCGUGACGCCGCCGCUCAGGAUGACACCAUUGUGCUGAGGCCCGGCAAGUCGCUCUUGUGGGCCGCUCAGCAUGGCCAGGUGGAUGUCCUCCGAUGGUGGAUGGCGUCCGGCAUCCCCGUCGCCCACGGGGACGGCGUAGCUAAGAUUGCCUCGCGCUGGGGUCAGGUCGGUGUCCUUGAGCUCUGGCGGAAACUGAAGGGCGAUGACAAGCUUGCAUUUGACGGCGAGGUGCUCGUCCAGCCAACCAUCCACCAGCACAUUGGCGUACUGGAAUGGUGGCGCAAGUUCGCAUACGGCGAGCUCGAAGGCAUGGAGGGGCGGAAGCAGCGCGUCGAGUACAGGACGUGCGACAUUGAAGAAGCGUUGGAGGAUAGCAUCGGUGACCAGGAGCAGGUGCGCAGGUGGUGGGCCAGCAACGGGCUCAACCUGGGUCUCCGCAACGUCGAGUGGAUGAGGCCCAGGUAUCUAUAG